AUGUCUUUACAACCCACCACUGCUUCCCAAAUCGAUUUGGGAUCACCUACCCCUACCGCUUCUCGUAAUCUUCGUCGUCGUGAGACUUUGGCUGUCCCAUCCCCCGGCUUUGUUUUUCAAUCUCCAGAUUCUCGCCGUGCUGUAACUCGUCCUGCCAACAACUCUCAGUCCCCUGGAUCAACUCCCGAUAAGAUGUCAUCAAUACUGGAGGAGGAGUCUGAUACUGAUCAAUCAGAUGAAUCUGACAUUUCGGAUGACUCAAUCCUUGUUCAAGCUCAACCCCGAUACAGCAAGUCUUCUAAGUCUAAGAAAUCUGUGGUCUUGAAGAAGGUUCAAUCGAGUGGUAAACGUGAGUCAAAGAAUAAGGUCCAAUCGAAGACUACAGUACCCGCUAAGAAGCGCAAGCACCUUCCUGUUGAGGUCAGUCAAUAUUUCAAUUUUAUUUUUAUUGUUUCAACCUUUCUCUGA